GCAGCAGACAGACUCUACAUCUUCACCAGGACCUGUGCGAGCGCCUGCACUCUGUAACCCAAACAUGGGCAGCCAAUACUGCAACGGAUAUAGCAGCCACAAUGGCAAAGAGCUGAGGAUAGUGAUGAUGGGGAAGACUGGAAUUGGGAAGAGUGCCUCUGGAAACACCAUCCUGGGACGACAGUGCUUUGAAUCAAAGUUCAGAGCAAAGUCUAUGACUGUUGACUGCUCCCUGGGCAAAGCUGUGGUGGACGAGCAAAAAGUUGCUGUUGUCGACACCCCAGGUCUGUUUGACACCAGGUUCAGCAUGGACAAAACAACUAAAGAUGUAGGCCAGUGAGUCUCUUUCGCUGCUCCUGGACCCCACGUGUUCCUGGUGGUCAUCAGGCUGGGCAGAUUCACUGAAGAGGAAAAGCAGACGGUGCAAAAGAUUCAAGAAAUCUUCGGCCAGGCUGCAGACAGAUACAGCAUGGUUCUCUUUACUCAUGGUGACCUUCUUGGAGACAUGACUAUUGAGGACUUCUUGGCUGAAAGCCCUGACCUGCAGGAACUCGUGGCCAGAUGUAAUGGCCAGUACCAUGUCUUCAAUAAUAAGACAAAUGAUCGUUCUCAGGUCACUGAGCUGCUCCAGAAGAUCAGAAAUUUAACCCAGAGCAACGGAGGCAGCCACUACACCAACGAGAUGUUCCAAGAGGCCGAGAGGAAAAUCGAAGCUGAGAAACAACGCAUCCUGAGAGAAAAAGAAGAGCAAGAACGUAGAGAAAGAGAGGAAAUAGAGAGGAAGCUACAGAAGCAAUACGAGGAACAGAUGAGGAGAAUUAAUGAACAACUCCAGGCUGAGAGG